AUUUGACUAUUUCUUCCAGGUUUUCAGGCUUCACGUAACUAAAGAAUUUCAUAAGGGACGAAGGCAGAGCGGAUUGCGCAAUAAGUAUAUUUGUGUGGGACAUACAAAAAUGCAGCUGUCAAUGAUCAAUCUAUGGGCAGUCAGCUUGACGUUAGUGUGUUCUAUCCAUCCCCUCCACAGCGAGCCUCGAACAUACUAUUUGUCGAAUUACAACCCUUCGGUUCCCACAUCACAUGCACAGUACAAUCCUUCCAGUAUUCAGAGCCCAUCGUUACGAUAUGAGAGCUUGUCUCAGUCUGUACAUCCAGCAAAUAAUUAUCAAAUUGCUCCAGUGGGAUUGAGUCUCUCCGAAAGGAUAUCAAAGAGGAAUCCAGACGGGUAUCGUAAUUACAAUUUUGCAUCGAGUAAUUAUGAAACGGGGACGGAGAAACAUCCAUUAAAUUUCGAAGAGAAUGUAAACGGAUCGCACGAAGAUGAAAUUAUAGAGAAGAUGAUAAUACUUGAUAAACUAUUAUCGGAAGAUUCGAGUGAAAAGGAGCUAGGCUUAAAUGGGAUCGAGGACAGAAUUAUUCCCGAAGAGUCGAGGAGAGUCGUUAGGCAAGUCAGAAAUGAGAAACCUGGAUUUUUUUGGACUCUGGCAAGAGUCACGUUCGAGAUGUUCAACGAUACCAAGUCGGCGAUAAAACAAAUCAGUAAUAUAAUCAAUAACACGAUAGCUCCGGAUUCAGCAACACAGAGUACGAUGAUGACCGCGCAAUUAACAGCCGCAGCCUCGACUGAUGAGCAAAAGAAUGCGACUAACGUCAAUGCGACGGAAACGACGACUACACCAGCACCCUACGUUCUAACCAGAAGUGGAUUGCAGACUUUAAUUAGGCGAAAUGUAUUGGGGCUUGUUAGGCUUUUUAAUAUAGAGUGGAAGGACGCUUUAGACCAAUCGGAGAUGAACGUGAAGGAGUUUCAGAAGGACUUGGGAAAUCAAAUAGCCAUGAAUCUUCGAGACAAUCCAGACGCAUACUGAAGAAUCAUCUUAAUCCUACAACAAUAGUUUAAUGGGGAAUGAUAGGACGUAGCCAAAGACUGAAGUACUAUUUAUGGCAUAAGUUGAUCUAGUUGAAACUUGUAAUCUUUUAUGAUUCGGAUUAAAGUAGAGUCUGAAAUCCAAUGAAAAAUGUCUCGUUUGUAUGGAACCGAUUCGAAUAGAAACUAAGCCAAGGACAUCCGAGACCGUUUCAAAACGCAGCAAAAGUGUUUUUUCGCACCGGUUACGUCACUUUCAAAGAUCAUCGUCCGAUAUUUAUGUAACACGUGGUCCCGCAUAACCCACGCAUUCGCAUCGCUCGUGUUCCGCGUGUAUGGUAUCAGUGAAAAAGGACCGUAAGGAUCAGACGAGCGAAUUCGAGAAACAGGUAAGUAGAAAGCUCGCCCGGUCGGUCGGUCGGUCGGAUUCGAUUGGUUGGCGCGCGAUGCGGGACACCUGGUCUCGCCCUUAUAUGUUGCAUCGAGAUGGAUCAUGGAUUCAAACGAUCAGUUCUCUGCCAUCGACAGCGAAGCGAACGUCUUCGACAAUUUCUGUCAAACACCAUCGUUCGAUUAAAUAUUAUUUCUUGUUUUAAAAGUGUCGCAUUCUACUUUCGUCUGAGCAAUCCCGCCCACGCCACUGUUUGUACAUAAAAGUAAUAGGUGAAUCGCAAAGCAGCUAGUCGAAGAGGAAGGAUCAAAAGAUAUUGUACUUUGUGCAUCGCGAUUGGUCGAUGCCCUGCGUGGGACACGACAGCUAUCCUUAUAGAUCCGCGGAUCGUCGGUCUGUCUGCAGUUCAUCGAUCGUGAAAAUUGAGAGAGUAGUCGAAGCAAGCAGUUAGAGGGAUGUUCGGAACCACUGUUACCUUCGGUGCUAUCAUUUGCCUGGUAGCCUCAGAAACGGUGAUUCUCCAGAGAAUAAAGCGACAAGAUGUUCCACAAGAAGGUGGCG